AUGGUGAUGCUUGUUGCGCCCGGCAGGAGUGACCAGCCGGAUCUCCUGCGCCGCAUUUCGAUGCUGCGCCGCCGCAUGUCGGCGGAGAAUGCGCGGCUGUACCUGAAGGAGAAGCUGCUGCAGGAGUUGAUGGGCCCCACCAUGCGCACGACGUUUGUCUCACAUGACCCCUGUGUGAUGCAGGCGUACCGAGAGGUGUUUGCGGAGCUCUCGCAGGUGCUGGAGCGCAUGGAGGUGGCGCGUGACUCGUUGAACCAUGUGAAUCUUAACUUUGUGAAUGCUGUGUCCAUGCGCAUGUCCCAGGCCUCCGCCGGCUUUGACCUCCGGAUGAUGUUUAUCAGCCAGAUCACAACCAUCUGUCUUCCCAUGAACCUGAUUGCCUCAUUUUUUGGCAUGAACUGCAAGGUGCCGUGGUCGGCGGACGACGUCCCCAACCUGAAUUGCUUUUGGUCCGUCGUGGGCAUCAUGUGUGCGUGGGCAUUGAUUUGCAUGUUCCAACCGGUCCAGCAACUUAUCUUCCAAAAAAAAUGGAUGUGUAGUGGUGUGCGAGGAGUAGAGGGGGGAGGGGGAGGUCUCGUUGCGCCCUGCAGCCGUAGUUCAAUGAACGUUUCAUUGGUGCCGUGCGAGCGUCUCUUUCUUUCGGGGUUACUGGAGAAGAACUAA